AAACGCACCGUAUUAGAUUCCCAUUACCAAACCGAACAAUUUGGAGGCAGAGAAGAGAGAGAAGGAAGAAAGAAAGAGGGGUACAGAGUCAGAAAUGGCCACUUCCGCAUCCAUGAAUUGUAUAUACUAUAUAUAUGUGAAUUGUAAUUUAUAUAUGUAUUUAUUUAUUUAUUAUGAUUCUCGUUUUCUAAGCCGGCGAGUUUAGUUAUGAACAAGCUAAAUGUGUCAAUCUUCAAUGGCGCCCUGAACCUGAAACCUCCAUCAUCAGUAACAGUGCCUCAUCAACAUGCAAAAGCCACCAACACCAUACAUUUCAAUGCUAUCAUCAACCGCCUUGCAUCCCAAGGAUCUCAUCAUCAUGUUCUUUUAACGUUCUCAUCUAUGCUUCAAAAUAACACCCCUCCAGACACUCACACAUUCCCUAGUUUGCUUAAAGCUUGUACGUAUCUGGACUUGUUUCCUCUUGGUCUUUCGUUUCAUCAAUCUGUUGUUGUUAAUGGGUUUUCGUCAGAUUCUUACAUUGCAUCCUCUUUGAUUAACUUUUAUGCUAAGUUUGGUUACGUACGCCAUGCUCGCAAAGUGUUUGACAAUAUGUCUGAGAGGAAUGUUGUUCCUUGGACUUCUAUCAUUGGAUGUUAUUCACAUGCAAGUGACUUUGAUCAAGCGUUAUUCUUGUUCAAUGAAAUGCGGAGGCAACAAAUUAAGCCCAAUCCUGUUACAUUGCUAAGCUUGCUCCCUAUAGCUUCGGAGCUUAACCACGUGAAGUGUUUUCAUGGUUGUUCAAUUUCAUAUGGUUUUGAAUGUGAUGUUACUUUGAUGAAUUCCAUAUUAAGUGUUUACGGUAAAUGUGGAGGCAUUGAAGAAGGUAGGAAAAUGUUUGAGCUUAAUAUGACCCGAAGAGACAUAGUUUCAUGGAAUUCUUUGUUGUCGAGCUAUUCCCAGAAUGGGAAUGUCAGAGAAGUAUUUCACCUUUUGUAUAAAAUGAGAGUCGAAGGUAUAGAGCCCGAUAAGCAGACAUUUGGUCCUGUAGUUUCUGCAGCGGCGACAGAGGGUAAUCUUAGAUUGGGAAAAUUGGUUCAUGGGAAAAUUUUAAGAAAUGGAUUUGAAUCAGGUAGCCAUGUUGAAACGUUACUUGUAGUUAUGUACAUGAAGUGCAGUAGUAUUGAUACUGCAUUUCAGAUAUUUAAGCGGAUACAAAAUAAGGAUGUGGUUUUAUGGACGGCAAUGAUCUCAGGACUUGUACAGAAUGAUUGUGUCGAUAGGGCAUUAACUGUUUUCUCGCAGAUGUUAAAAUCAAGAAUAGAGCCAUCUACUGCUACCGUGGCUAGCGCUGUUGCAGCUUGUGCAAAAUUGGGUUGUCUUCAUAUGGGAACAUCAAUUCAUUGCUAUGUGUUAAGGCAAGGAAUAACUCUAGAUAUCCCUGCCCAGAAUUCUCUUGUAACCAUGUAUGCGAAGUGUGGGCGUCUGCAACUAAGUCGUGUAGUUUUCGAAAGGAUGAGCAAAAGAGAUUUGGUAUCUUGGAAUGCAAUAGUUGCUGGAUAUGCUCAAAAUGGUCAUUUAUGUGAGGGUCUGUUUCUCUUCUCUGAGAUGAGAAAAACACUUCAAAAACCAGAUUCAUUAACAGUUGUCUCUCUCCUCCAAGCUUGUGCGUCGAUUGGGGCACUCCAUCAGGGGAAGUGGAUCCACAAUUUUGUUAUCAGAAGCUGUAUUAGACCGUGUAUACUGGUAGACACAGCUCUGGUUGAUAUGUAUUCAAAGUGUGGUGACUUGAAGAAUGCUAAAAAGUGUUUCAAUGAAAUGUCAGAACAGGAUUUGGUCUCAUGGGGCACAAUUAUAUCCGGAUAUGGCUUCCAUGGAAAAGGGAAGACUGCUUUGAAGAUGUAUUCAGAAUUUUUGCACACUGGGAUUCAACCGAAUAAUGUGAUUUUUCUGUCAGUUCUCUCAGCUUGCAGUCAUAAUGGGCUUGUUGACCAAGGUUUGAGCAUAUUCCAGUCCAUGACUGAAGAAUUUGGUAUUGCACCAAAUCUUGAACACCGUGCUUGCAUUGUUGAUCUUCUCAGUCGAGCUGGAAGAGUAGAGGAGGCAUAUAAAUUCUACAAGCAAGAGUUUGCAGAACCUUGUAUAGAUGUUUUAGGCAUACUCCUCGAUGCUUGUCGGAACAAGGGUAAUGUAGAACUUGGUGAAAUUAUUGCAAGACAUCUUCUCAUGUUGAAACCUAUGGAUUCUGGUAACUAUGUGCAAUUAGCACACAGCUUUGCAUCAAUGAACAGAUGGGAAGGUGUUGGUGAGACAUGGGCCCAAAUGAGAUCUCUUGGUUUGAAAAAACUGCCUGGUUGGAGCUUUAUUGAGUUACAUGGGACUAUAGAGACAUUUUACACUAGUCACAAUUCACAUCCUCGACUUGAAGAUAUUGUAUUGACUUUGAAAGCAUUAAAGAUGGAAAUGAGAAAACUAGGACAUUAACCAGCCAAAAAGGAGUGUUUGGAAAGUAUGUUUCUAUAGACUGUAGUUCACAAGCCAUGGAAGAUAAAUUCCAGUUUAUCUUCCUCUCGCAGCCGGUUGUCCUAGUUGUUGCUUUUAGCUCAUAUAUCAACAAACUGCAGCAGGGUUACAUAUGUCUCAAGGCAAAUAUAUCAGAGAUUUGCUAAUCAAAGCUCAGAUGCAGUGCCAAACCUGCCUCAACUCCCAUGACAAGUGGUUUAAAACUAUUUGCUUACAAUGGAAAUCCUGUUGACAAUCCACAAAUGUACAGAUCAAUAGCAAGAGCCCUUCAAUAUCUCACAAUUACAAGGCCUUAUGGCAAACCCCUUGACUACACAGUGGAAUGCUGUCAAAAGAAGCUUAAGGUUGGGCGAGUGAUCUUGAUGACAGAUGUUCCACUUUAGGCUAUUCCAUAUUUUUUGGUUCAAAUUUAAUUGCUUGGCAAUGCAAAAACCCGAUCAAGUACUGAAGCUCAGUAUCGCAGCGUAGCUCAAGCUGUUUCUGAAAUCACAUGGCUUCAUUCUUUGUUUUCAGAACUUUAUGUUCGAUUGACAAGACCUCCAAUUAUUUGGUGUGACAAUCUUAGUACUCUCUUGUUAACUCCUAAUCCCAUACUACAUGCUUGAACUAAACAUAUCGACUUGGAUUUAUAUUUUGUUCGUGAAAAGAUCUCACAACAGCUGGUUUGUGUUAGUCAUGUACCUGCUGCUGACCAAGUUGCUGAUGGUCUAACUAAGGCCAUUUCUAGCUCUCUGUUUUGAUAUGUUUAGACACAAACUUGGUAUUGGUGAGUGUACUAAUUCCAAAUUUGAGGAGAACUGUAAAAGAAGUUCGUUAUGUUAGCUGUAGGGGUUAGUUAUUAUAGUUUGUUAUUCUCUUGUACAACUGUACUCUUUCGGUUACAGCCUUACUAGCUUAAGGUUUGUGUAUAUAAGCUUGUAAUGCCCUUUCUAUGAUAAUAAGACUAUUCUUUUCAGUCUUCUCUUU